UUUUAGGGUUUAUGCAAUGAGGGUGAAGAGGCAGAAGCGCUACCGCAAGGCCGUGCGCUUCCUCAAGGCUUCGUUUGGCUUCCGGGAGCCCUUCAAAGUCCUCUGUGACGGUAAUUUUCAGCACUCUGUCCUCCACAACAUUCGCAAAGGCAGCGAAGACUUCGACAAGCUCUUGUCGCAGGCGCUGGGAGGAGCCGCCAAGGCGUUUACUACCAGGUGUAUCAAUGCGGAGCUUAAAAAGCUUGGGACUUCCUUCUCGGACACUCUAAAUGCUGCUCGAAAGCUUCAUCUUGCCAAGUGCGAUCACGAGCCUGCAAAAGGAGGGAGCGAGUGCUUGGAGUCGCUCGUGGAGAGCUUCAAUCCGGAGCAUUUUUUUGUGGCAACACAAGAUGGUGAUUUACGCCAGAAGCUUCGAGUCAUGCCUGGUUGCGCUGUUGUCUACUCGAAGAAAACGUCGCUGUGUGUGGAACCGCCGUCAGAGUUCCAGCAGCAGUUUGCUAAGGAAGAGGAAAGCAAACGCGAAAGUUUGAAGUGUCGAGAGCAGCGACUUCUCUCUCGUGUCUCCGAGGACGAGGAACCUCCAAAGCGAAGCAAAAGUUUGAUGGUGAGAGACCGGCCAACGUUCAAGAGAAAGCGAGCAAAAGGACCAAAUCCACUUUCUUGCAAGAAAAAGAAACAAGUUCCAGAAGCAUCAAACGAUGGAGAGAGGUCUUCCCGGAAGAAAGUAAGGAGGAGAAAUCGCAAGAAAAACAGCGUAAAAGAGGACGUGAUCCAUAAAUCUCCUGCUUGAGGUACAAGGUUUUGAGGUGUUUCGAUUUUUCUUUUCUACACAGCUCAAGUUCUAAAGCCCGCGACGACUAAUCGAGAUGGAUCGAUUUAUUGAGGGCUCCAUCCAAGAAAAAAGAGAUGCUCACGGUUUUCUUCCUUCCAUUCACGAGAGUGAUCGAAGAAUUCUUUUUUCUAAAGGUGUUUCUAGCUCACUGGUUUCGAAAGAAAAAAGAAAGUCCGAGAGUGCUGAUAAUCAUUAAAACGCGCUUCUCUCAA